UUGGGUUAGUUUGGUAAUUUGGGGUGGUUUUCAGCCGUUCAGGGGAGCUGUAACUUCAUUCUUUUUUACCUCCUCAGUGUUGACGCCGUCAUCUGGAGCUCUCAAAAUCUGGAGCUCUCAACGUCUUUCUCUGUCGCCGCUCGUUCUCUGUAUAGGUCCAGGUUUCGCCAAUGUCUAAGCCCAAAAAUAAUGUUCCCCGUGAAAAUACAGAAGCCUAUGUCCAGAUUUUAGGGACAGGAAUGGAUACCCACGAAACAUCCCCGUCUGUUCUGCUCUUCUUUAACAAGGAAAGAUUCAUAUUUAACGCUGGAGAGGGAUUACAACGCUUCUGUACAGAGCAUAAGAUAAAAUUAUCUCAGGUAGACCACAUAUGUCUGACUCGUGUCUGCUCAGAGACAGCAGGUGGACUUCCAGGCUUGCUAUUAACUUUGGCUGGCAUGAACAAAGGUAGUCCUGAGAGUACUGGGCAUGUCGACAUAUGGGGUCCUCCAAAUCUAGAUUUAUUGGUUAAUGCAAUGAAGAAUUUUGUCCCUCAUGCUACCAUGGUCAACAAACAUAUCAUCCCAGACGACAUUAAGGUUCAUGAAAAUGGAUCUGCAUUAGCUCCCUCUUUACAUAUGCUGGAGCUGAAAGAUAAACACAAGUUCAAGGCAGUUAGUAUAUCAGCUAUUCUCCUAUCACCGACUCAGUUGGCUGGAUCUCAGUUUAGGCCAAAUGAUGCCUCCAUUGUAUAUAUUUGUAAACUACAUGACAUCAGGGGGAAUUUUGAUCCCGAAAAGGUUAAAGCUUGCGGACUUAAACAAGGGAGAAAACUUGCAGAAUUGGAGAAGGGGUUCAGUGUGAAGUCAGAUCUUCUGGAUAUCGAGGUCCAUCCAGAUGAUGUUAUGGGUCCACCUAUUCCUGGUCCCAUUGUACUGAUUGUUGACUGUCCAACAGAACCUCAUGCACAAGAGUUACUCUUUGCACAAGCCCUUGAUGCCUAUUAUACAGAUCCCCAAAGCAACUCCCCAGAGGCCACCAAGGUUGUGAACUGCAUCAUUCAUUUGAGCCCUGCUACAGUCGUCAGCACUCCAGUCUAUGAGAAAUGGAUGAGCAAAUUUGGUUCCGCCCAACAUAUUAUGGCAAGAACUACAAGGAAGCAUGAAACAACUCCAAUUCUAGUAUCUAGUGCUAGAAUCGCUACAAGACUGCAUUAUUUGUGUCCUCAACUUUUUCCAGCUCCUAGUCUUCCUUCUCUUCAGAAUGACGAUGUUGCAGCACCAAAUUUCAAGGGUUCAGUUUGUGGCAUAUCUGCUGAAAAUCUCUUAAAGUUCACCUUACGUCCUCCUAGACGACUGGGAUUGGACAGAUCAAGUGUUCAAAAUCCGAUGACCUCUUCAGUGUUCAUUGAAGAGUUACUUUCAGAGAUUCCUGAGAUUGCUGAUGUAGCAAAGAACAUAAGCCAAUGUUGGCACAAACCUAAAGAAGAUGAGGUGGAAUUAUCCAACAUUCAGCACAAUGGUGAAGUCCCAAGGUGUCUGGAGAAUGUACAGAGAGAUGAUCUGGAGAUUGUUUUUCUUGGCACCGGUUCAUCUAUACCUUCAAAAUACCGAAAUGUCAGUUCCAUCUAUGUUAAUCUUUUCUCUAAAGGGGGUUUGCUCCUUGAUUGUGGUGAAGGAACCCUGGCACAACUCAAGAGGAGAUAUGGGAUUAAUGGUGCAGACAGUGCAGUUAGGAAUCUUAAAUGCAUUUGGAUUUCUCAUAUCCAUGCUGAUCACCACGCAGGUUUGGCACGGAUACUUGCUUUGAGACGUGAUUUGUUGAAGGGAGUAGCCCAUGAACCCAUGCUGGUUAUUGGGCCAGAGCAGGUUGGGGAGUUUCUCAAGGUAUAUGUAACGUUAGAAGAUCUAGACAUGUUGUUCCUUGACUGUAAGAGCACUACUGGGUCUAACUGGGAUAACAUGGAGGAUGACUUUGUGCAUGAUGAAAGUAGAGAAUAUAGAGAUCAUACUCUGUUGAGUUCUCUUUCUGAAGACAGUUCUCUGUUGCGCUGUUCGAAAAGAAUGAAGCCAAGCACUCCAGUUGAUGACAUAACAUUGCUAAAGUGUUUCAAGAAAGUUUUGAGUGAAGCAGGGCUAGUGAGACUCAUCAGCUUCCCUGUUGUACACUGUCCUGAGGCGUUUGGAGUCAUCUUGGAAUCAGCAGAAAAAGUGAAUUGCGGGAAAGUAAUACCAGGUUGGAAGGUUGUGUACUCUGGUGACACGAGGCCAUGCUCACAAGUUAUAGAAGCAUCUCUUGGAGCAACAAUUCUUAUACAUGAGGCGACCUUCGAGGAUGGCCUGGUGGAGGAGGCUAUUGCAAGAAACCACAGCACAAUUAAGGAAGCUACAGAAGUCGGACAUUCUGCUGAUGCAUACCGGGUAAUAUUGACUCACUUCAGCCAGAGAUACCCAAAAGUACCUGCACUUGAUGAAGUGAGCAUGCAAAGAACUUGUAUUGCGUUUGACCUAAUGAGUGUAAACCUAGCAGAUUUGCCAGUGCUCCCUAAGGUUCUUCCGUACCUCAAAUUGCUUUUCAGAAACGUUGGUUAAUUUAAAUUUGAAAGUAACAUAUUGUAGACACAACUUCUUUUGUUAUGGACAAUUUUUAUUUUUGAAACAACAAUUUUUAUUUUUUAUAAGGAAAAUACCUCUCUCGAAUUCCUAAAAUGCAUUUACAUUUGUUGCUGAUACUAUCCUACGAAAAAAGAUGAAAAAAAGAAGAUAAGUAUGAAUACAUUAUAAUUUUAGUAAAAAUAAAGCUAGAAAUUCGUUAUGGUAAUAACUUGUCUUCAUUCUCAAAAUAUGAUGAGAGCUUCUCUCUUAGGGUGUCAACCUCAACAACCAUAGCUCCUUCAACCUGUUGACCAAAAGAAAAAAAAUAUACCCAUAAGAAAAACAGAACAAACACAAUUUUGAAGAUAUAUGAACAAAGACUAAUAGAGGUGGAGAUUUUAGCGGGUACAAUUUGAUAAGUCUACUGUUAACUCAAGAAAUUAAAUUGUUAAGUGGCAUAUACAUAGCUUCUCUGAAACUUAAAGGACAUGGAGUAUGCCUCGUUUUCUUUUAAUUUAAGAGUUAAUAAAAGUUGUGACCUCUUUGAACUAUACUCAAGGUAUUUUGUUAAUUAAAGUUACCUUUUCCCGUUAGACCUUCCCCACCACAAAAAUAUACAUUAAACUCUAAUUCGUCUUAAAUAUUCUAAAUCGCUAAUUGUUGUGAUUUAUAGUAUAUUUUAUUUAAUUUCUAAAUAUAUUGUAAAUCUUAUUAUUAAAAAAUGAAAUUUUUUUGUCCGAUUCACACUCAAAAAAUAAUUUGAUUCUCGUACUCAACAUUGUAUCACAUAAAAUGAGACGUUGAAAGUAUAAAUGUUGGACGGGAUUCGGGGCAAAAUAUACCCCGCAACCUUGGGUGGGAUCUGGGUCAAUAAAAAUAAGGUAAAUGAUUUUUUAAUUCAGUAAAUGGGAGUCUGUUAACGAAAAGGGCAAAUAUGCUCUAUGUGUUAGACGUUGAAGAUAUGAGCCACUUUUUUUUUUUUUUUUUUUUUAACAAGAGGAGUAUCAAAUAUAAAUGACAAAGUUGUGGGGUAUAUUUGCCCAUGUCGGACCUAAAAAGUAUAACGAAGAACAAUGUAUAUUGGGGGAAGUAAAAGAAUAAAGGGCGAGUAAUUUUUCAUUCUGAUGCGUUAAACUUUGUCUAAUAGGAAGAAGGGGAAGAAUUAUUUAAUAAUACCUGAAAAUGCGAGGUAUAAAAUACCCUAUCCUAAAAAGUUUCAAAGAAGAUGCAUUUAGUAGCACAAGUCCUUCAUCCUCUAAUUUUGAUACAGCCUCAGCAAUUGAACCUUUAUUGAUCUUCAAAGUAGACACUUGAACCACUACUUCUUUAUCACCUAUUUCACUUGCUGAAAUAAUCAAGGAAGAUCUCUCAAUUCCACCUCUUCUUUUUUUCUUAGUAAAAUUAGCUGAAUUUUCAUUAUUGGAGAUGGUUGUUGACGUAAGUUCUUCUUUCUUCUGAAUCAGUAUUUCCACUUCAUUUCAUAACUCUGGUAUGUAUGUUAGAAUUCUUGAUACUGUUGAUGGAAUGCUUAGUCUUUUCUGUGAACAUGAAGAAUAAUGAAGUGUUAGCAGAUGAUGAAAAAAUCUACUUUAAAAUUAAGUCUCAGUUCUACUUUAGAGAUUAAAAGAUAGUUAUUGGUGUACAUAGGUUUAAUCAUGUAAUGAUAUUCUUGGCUUUAGGCCGAAUCCACGCGAUGUUUUCCAAAAAGUAUUAAUCACAUCAUUAAGAGUAUCAUAUAUCUUAUAUAUAGAUUAAUUUUGUGUUUAGCUAUCAACGUGAGAUUUUGUUCGUAGACUCUCCCCUUGCCCAUCACUAAAAUUCAUUGCACGGGCUAAUUUAGAAUUCACUGAAUAUAUUUCUCUUUCUCUCUCCUUUCAUAGUUAGGCAUGAGAAAGCUUGGUUACACUUCAGUUUGUCCUUCUGUUAACAAGUUGUCCUGGCUUCUUCAUCUGUUAAGCUUGUUUCAAAAUAGUUGAAGUAUUGAUCUCAAAUCGUUUUGAGGGUAAGCAUAGAUCCUUAGGCCAUAAAAUCACUACAUGUUAGUUCAAAACCUGGAAAUAUGCCCCAUGUUCACUUAAUCUAAGCCUCUGUGCCUAUUUUUUUUUUCCCUUUAGUGUUCAUCCUAAAGAAUAAUGAUGUUCUGUUUGGACUGACUUCUUGACUAAAAAUGACCCUAGUUUAAUUAUACUCAUAUAGUUGGAAGAGAAGAACAUUAUGUGUGCUAUAUUUGAUGUUGUUUUGGACUUGUUUGUAUUUAGUUAUGUGUAGCAGCUGCAAAUCUCAGUGUUGUUUCAGUCAAAACUUGAAGAAUUAGCAAUGCCCCAGGUUGAUUCAUUUGCUGACCUGAUUAACUACUAAAAAAUAUUUUAGUUUCCAAAUUCUCUCAUGAUGAUUAUUUUAGAUUAGUGCCAGAGGGAAAUCUGAUUUGUAAACCAGUCCAUGUUUAGUUAAUAAGGAUGUUGUUUGUGGUUGGUUUCAAUCUGGAUGGUUUAAGUUGGUAUAGGAAGUUAAAAUUUGAAUUUCAGAUUUCAUAGUAAUACAAGGUCUUUAGGGAUAGCCAACAGAAGUGAUCCAAUGUGGCUUGUGAUAAUUCCUUUCAUGUGAUUCUUAAUCUAACUUAGAACAUCAGUUAGCUUUGUCAAAAUUAUAUCUAUGUGCUUAGAUGCUACUUCAAACUUCGACAGUCAUCAAGAUGCCCCUUUGAAAAAAAACUUAAUUCAAUACCUUCUACCCCUAUCCCUUAAUAGUUGCUAGCAUUCUGUGACAUUUAUGGGACCAUUUUGAAUCUGAGAUUAAAGUCCUACUGGUAUAAAAAUAAACAAGAGUUAUGCUUUAGCUUCUAAACCAGUCAAGUAGCCCCUUUUCUUGCACAAUCUCAUGAUUCCUUAUUUCUACCUUGGGCAUGUAUGAACUGUCUUAAUUUGUUUUUCCUCUGCCUAACUGCUUACACGUUAUAAAGAGGGGGGAGAAAAUAGAGACAAACCUCAGGAUCAGUUUAAGAUAAAAAGGGCAGAUCACUGUCUGAGGUGUGCUUGUACACAUCAUUUUGGCGUCAUUAUGUUGGCUUAAAAUCUAGAAUCUGAUUGAGUUGAGCCAAGACAUCAGGUGUAUUGUAAAUCUAUUUUCUACCAUGGGUUGCUAUGUUUAACUUAAGUUUAGUUAUGUCUUAAUUAAGAAAGAUAACCUUUUAGGAAUUACUAACAGUUUGAAGUAUGGUAUGGACCGACUGAUAGCCCUCAUUUGUUAAAAUACUGCUCAGUUUAAUGUUUGUUCAUAAACUAGUUUUCAUUUCGUGCUCAUGAGAGAGCUUUUUAUUAAGGUUUCAUUAUUUCAUUUGCUUAGCUUAGUUGUUAAAAAAGUUGGUCUGUAUCUUGAGUUUUAAACUAAGUAUGGUUUGGAUCCAUUUUUUUUGUUAACUAUAAGUUUCUUUUAAACUGCUCACAAGGCUUGCAUAAUUACUGUUGUCAAUGUUUUCCUCAACCACUAAUUAGGGAGUGCCUAAAGAGCUGGACACUCUUUUCUUUUGAAAUAUGUGAAAGAAUGUUGUAGUUAGGUGAUUUGAAUGAGAGCUAAGCUUGCUUCCCUUUUGAUCGCUGUAAACAUUUUCAAAGGAUAGAGAUCUCUUAAGUUUAGUAAAGGUGCCAAGUCUUGGGAUCGGGUUCCAGUUGCUUAAUUAUUUCUGAGAGGGAAAGGAGUUAGUCAAAACUUAGUUUGUGCGCAUAUGCUCGAUAAGGAGCUUGUGUUUAGCAUGCCAUCUGGUAAUCUAAUAGUUUAAUAAAGAGCGGCUGUCUUUUUUUUUUGAUUAAGCACCGGGUGUCCGAGGCUCUUUGAGCCCCGACUAAUCCCGGGGGUGCACAGGCCCUCGGCAAGGAGUUUCCCGCAAGUGCACCACGGGUAAUUCAGGGUUUUACCCAGUCCGAUGGCCCUCAGAAAUUGUUUGCACCCAGUGGGUUUCGAACUUGAGACCUUGAAAGGGAGCACCCCAAGGCUCAAGCCAAUUGCCACCAGGCAAACCCCUGAGGGUUAUAAAGUGCGGCUGUCUUGAAACAUAUUAAGUACUUCUGAAUCUGUCUUACUGAAUGACUUAUUGGUUUAAAGUCUCUUCCUUUGUUGUUAUGCCUGCUGAAAGCCAAAGCAUGCCUUGGGUUUGGUUUAGCCUCCUCCGAUAGCCCGCCAUGCCUAAGGUUCUAGAAACCUUUUGACCUUGUGCGGCAUUAGGAUGUGGAUGGUGGUAACCCCUUUGUUGCUUAUGUCUUUUGAGUGGAGGUCUUGUGGUGAUGUUUAUGAUCAACCUUUAAGCUCCCUGGCUCUUGAAAGCAAACCUGUUAAGUUGGGUACUUGGCUCUAGCAUUUAUGAUUAGACUUUUGUUUGUUCUUAGUUGAGUUUUGCUGUGCUAAUAUCUGGCAUUUAAGGCUACUGUCAGUUCUGUAAUCUUUUCACAAUGUUCAUAUGCUGUCGAAUCCCUUUUAGCUAAACUAAGCACCUACUUUGAGCACCUUGGAGUAUAUUUGUUAUCUUGUUUGGAUAUGUGUUAGUCUUAAUGAUAUGGGCUAGUGUUAAAAUCUAAUCCUUCCUCAAUGGCGAUCUAUUAGCUGCUUGAAGGCUCACUAAUGAAGAUUUUGUUUUAAGUACCUAUUUGUCCAUGCUACUCGUAAGAGGUUGUGUUUUAACAAAUUGUUCUUUUAAUAAAUUAUAUUCCAAUAUCCUCAGCCUUAAGGGAUCAACAUUUAUAUCCUAUUAAGUGGUGAUUUCUGAAUACUUUGGUCAUAAUGAAAAUCUGUGCGCAAUGGUCAUCUCUUCUUCAAGUCUUAAAAUUAAGACUUGACCAAAUAUGAUAGAUGAGGCAUCUCAUCUGAUUUAUCUUGAUAAAAUCUUUUUGUUUCGGAUGCUCAUCCUUCAUCCCUUGUUUUCUUUUCAUAACUUGAGGGACUUCUCCAAAUCCCAAAUAUCAUGGACUGAUUUGCUGCACAUUUGAAAGAGCUGCUGGUUGUAUUGUGAAGUCCCAUUUGUGAUUAAAUCGAUGCUGCUACCUGCAAAUAAAUGGUGGUUCUUGGACCAGUUUUCCCGCUACAUUCCUUAAACCAAAUACUGCACUUAACUACAGCCCUGUGACAAUUUGUUUGCUGCAUUUUGUGGCUCAUUGUGAUUGCCUUUCUAAGGCCGCGUGGCUGCCUAUUGUUACUACUAGUUGCUGAUUUGCUGCUUUAAGUUUGGGGCAAAAGUAGAUGCUGCCUAGCUUGUGGUUGAGCUAGUGUCUUGGUAACAAGCUGAUGGGUUACAACUAUAUUUAUGAGGAAACAGAUACUACUCUAGCUGCAUUUUGUCCAUUCCGUUGAUUUGUUUUGGCCACGAGUUACUGUAUUCUAAACCUGAAUUGCUGCUAUAUUUUGUGGCAAGGAGAUACUGCAUUUUGGCAAUUCAAACCUCAGUUUGGUAGUGAUAUAUUGCCUGCAUUUUGAGCCAACUUGUGGCUGCAUAUUUAUACAAGACUGUUGUGUUUGCUGCUGUACUUUAAGAGGCGUAUUGCUGCACUUUUGAGACCAUUGUGUUUCUGCCUUCAAAGGCAUAUUAUCUCUGCUUGGAGUAGACUGGUUGCUGCGUUCCAGUUCUUAUCUUUUGAUGAAAAUGGCUGCUGCUAUGUUUACGAUCAAAUCGCUGCCCAUCUAAAAAGAAGAGAUGCUACACUCUAAUGUUAUGCAGCUGCUAUGGUCAAAUCUUGCUGCACUUGUGAACCAAGUGAUGGCUGUAAUUUGGUUUAAAAUCCCAGCUCAAAGGUUCCACCAAAUGAAACGACAGUUUCACCAUCUAUGAUGGAGUGAUUUGUAGUGAUUACAUCCGAUGUAUUUGAAAUCUUGUGUAUAGAAGAGUAGAAAGACAACAGAAAAAGUAGGAAGAAACUAGCUUCAUUAUUGAGUCCCUGUUGAUGCUCAAGUCUUUGGUCACCUAUGUACUGACUUCGAUUUAUAAUUGAGUCAAUUCCUCGUUAUGUUCUGUUUGCAA